AUGGAUCCUGCUAGCUGCAAGAGGCAGAAACAUGGCGUUGAGAAUAAUAGCUCGCCAGGCACCCAAUCCCCAUCAAGCAUCAUUAGUCAGAACAGAUCUGUCCGUCUGAACUUUCUCGCACAAUUCGAUGACUUGAAGCAUGGGAGUGUCACUGAAGAUUACAAGGCAAUCAAUAACAAGAGGCAUGAAGUUAUCAACACCCUUAAGCAGUUGCAAUUAGUACCUAUCACGCUUCGCUAUGCCAGUCCAGCGCUCAAGUCAUCGGAUGCAAGAUUACAUGGUGCUUUACAAAGUGAGAAAAAUACUAAUUCUGAUAAUGUUACCAACAUGGAUCCACACUAUGUUGGUGAUCAUGUCCAUGGUAACAUGGACAAUAUUGGAGCGGAGGAAGCAACUUUUGUAGUUGAUUCUGCUGACGAGGAAACAACUUGUGUAGUUGAUUCUGAUGCCAAUUUUAUCCAAGAACGCUUGCUUACUGAGCAGUCUGGCCAAUACACGGGCACCAUCUUGCUGGAUGAUGAUUAUUGCAGUUCCGAAGUCCAACUUGUAGUUAAGCAAGGAAUGGAUGACGUGGGUGUUGACAGUGAGCCCAAGGAAAUUGCUCUAUUUGAUGUCCAUAGUACUUCAGAGCCGCCACAACAACUGAUCAAUCAAGGACAUGAUGACACAAACAUUUACAUUGAGAGGCAUGACCAGGAGAAAGAAGGGAGGGACGGAGAAGCUAAAGAUGUCCAAAGUGAAGGACACACAGACAAUAAUAAUAUAUCUGUUGUAGAUCCUUAUGAAUUAUCUUGUGAGGUUGUACGAAGUGAGUCAACAGAAAAUGGUCACUAUGGUAACAAUGACAAUCCAGUUGAUGGGAUGGAAGAUCUUUUCAGGGAAAUGGAUGUUGCAUUGGCAUGUUCGAAGCACAUUGGAAGUGAGCACAGUAUUCUUCCGUCGGAAGAGGAUAUUUGUCCUCAUGAGUUCCUAAGGAAAGAUGAUUUGGGCGAUGUAUGCCGUGUUUGUGGUCUGAUCCAGAAACCCAUUGAGAAUAUUUUAGAGUUUCAGUGGAAAAAGCGCAAGCAAUCAUACAGAACAUACCCGUCAGAACCCAGAAACUCUAUUGAUCUGGAGGCAACUACCAAUCCUUCAGGAAAUAUUCUUGAAGUGGCUCCUGAUGCUCUAUCAAUCCACCCUCAGCAUUCAGAACAGAUGAAACCUCACCAAGUUGAAGGUUUUAAUUUCUUGAUCAAGAACUUGGCAGAUGAGAACGACCCUGGAGGCUGUAUUCUAGCACAUGCACCAGGUUCUGGAAAGACCUUUAUGGUGAUUAGCUUUGUUCAAAGCUUCCUGGCGAGAUACCCUGCAGGGAGGCCAUUGAUUAUUCUUCCAAAGGGCAUUCUGGCAACAUGGAGAACAGAAUUUCUCCAUUGGCAGAUUGAGAAAAUUCCCCUGUAUGACUUCUAUUCCUCCAAAGCUGGUACCCGGUCUGAACAACUUAAAGUCUUGAACUUGUGGGAAGAAAACAAAAGCAUAUUGUUGGUAGGGUAUGAGCAAUUCUCACACAUAAUUUCUGACCAAACAUGUAAAUCAGAAGCUGUCCAAGAGAAGUUGCUGAAGGUCCCAAGCCUUGUCAUUCUAGAUGAAGGCCACACUCCGAGAAAUGAGGAGACUAAAUUACUUGAUUCACUUGGAAGUAUACGAACUCCUAGAAAGGUGGUGCUCUCGGGGACCUUGUUUCAGAAUAAGGUAAGGGAGGUUUUCAACAUUCUGAACCUUGUACGGCCAAGAUUCUUAAAGAUGGGGCGAUCUCGUGCAAUAGUGAAGCGCAUACUAAGCAAGGUGGACAUGUUGGGGAAGAGUGCAAGGUCAAGGGACAUUUCAGAUAAGUGGUUCGCUGAUUUGGUUGAAGCGAACCUUCAAAAGGAUGCAAAUGAUAACGUGAGAGCGAUGAUCAUCCAGAAUCUACGUGAGCUAACUGCAAAUGUGCUCCACUAUUAUCCAGGCGAGCUUUCUGAGGAGUUGCCCGGACUUGUGGACUUCACCAUUUUCCUGAAUAUGAGUACCAAGCAGGAAGAGAUUCUUAGGGGUUUGGUAGGACUGGAUAAAUUUAGCAAGAGAAUAAAAUGCAACGCUGUUUCUCUUCAUCCGUGCUUAAAGGAUGUUCAGAAAGAUAAAGGGAAAAAUCAAGAUAUUGUCAUCAGAAAGAUUGGUGGCAUCAUAAGUGGAAUUGAUAUCAGCGUUGGGGCAAAGGCAAAAUUCUUAUACAAUCUGUUGUGUCUUUCAGAAGCUGCAGGAGAGAAGGUACUCGUGUUCAGCCAGUAUCUGCGUUCUCUGAUUUUCUUGGAAAUGAUGUUCAGAGAGAAAGGAUUGAAACCAGAGGUGCACAUGUUCAAAAUAACUGGUAAAUCGACCCCAGACCAGCGAAACAAGGCGGUCGAGAGAUUCAAUAACUCACCAGAUGCUAAAGUUUUCUUCGGUUCUAUCAAGGCAUGCGGCGAGGGCAUCUCCCUUGUUGGUGCAUCACGUGUCGUCAUUCUAGAUGUCCAUGAAAAUCCUUCUGUGAUGCGCCAGGCACUCGGACGUGCAUUCAGACCAGGCCAGUCCAAAAUGGUGUAUUGUUACCGCCUUGUUGCAGCUGACUCACCAGAAGAGGAGGACCACAACACGGCCUUCCGAAAGGAAUGGGUUUCCAAGAUGUGGUUCGAGUCGAAUGAAUUUAGUGGCAAUGAUGCUUUUGAGCUUUCCUCUGUGGAUGUUUCAGAGAGCGGGGAUGAGUUUCUCGAAAGCGUUACAUUGCGACAGGACAUUAGAUCUCUAUACAAGAGGUAAACACCAGAGCUCAGUGAGGAAGAACCCAUGAAGUAACUGAAAUUAACUUCCUGUGCUUUUCUGCGAUAUUUUGCUGAUCGGCUGAAGUGCGUCAAUAUGAACACAUAUAACAGGGUACAUGUGUCAGUACAAACACUUGCACUCCCAAAUUGAAAACUUUAUUAGACUAUUAGAAUUUUAACUCUCUUAGUUUGUGUCCUUGUUGUCCCAUGGAACCAAUUUGUGUGUGAUGCUCUCUGUCAUAUGAAUAAGCCUAAACUAUCUAAGGGCUCGUUUGAUUCAAAUAAAUGCCAUAGGAAUUUU